AUGGGAAGAGAUAAUGCUGAGGGUAUUGAUGUGGUUAAAAUAUCAGAUGUUAAUUUGAUGAGAACUCUAGAGUUAGCUAUUUAAUUUGGUAAAUGGGUUUUAUUAGAAAAUGUUGGCAGAGAAUUAGAUCCUUCAUUGGAACCUAUUCUCAAUCAACAACUAGUCAAGUCAGGCACUUCAUAUACUAUCACUAUUGGUGAUAAGUAAUUAACUUAUAAUGAAAAGUUCAAGUUGUAUCUUACAACUACCAUUCCCAAUCCUCACUACUCUCCUGAAACUUUUGUUAAAGUUACUAUCAUCAAUUUUGCUAUCACUGCUAGUGGAUUGGAAGAACAAAUGCUUGCCUAAAUUGUUGCCCUUGAAAACCCAGCUUUAGAGUAAAAGAAGAUCGAAAUUGUUAAGAAAAAUGCAGCUGACAAGAAACAAUUGCUAGCUAUUGAAGAUUCCAUUCUUAAAUCUCUUUCAGAUUAGAAAGGAGAUAUCUCAGAAAUCCUAUUAGAUGAAACCCUUAUUAAUAAAUUGUAAACCAGUAAAAGAUUUGCAGCUGAAAUCAACUAAAGAGUUAAGGAUUCUAAAAUAACAGAGGCUUAAAUUGAUGAAGUUAGAGAAUCCUAUAGACCUGUAGCAUUCAGAUCCUCAUUAUUAUUCUUCUGUAUCACUGAUCUUGCUAAUAUUGAUCCUAUGUAUUAAUAUUCUCUUUAAUGGUUUACUAAACUAUUUGUCUUGGGAGUUGAAAAUGCUUAACCGUCUUCAGUAAUUGAAGAAAGACUGAAGAAUUUAAAUGAUUACUUCACUUAUUCACUUUAUGAGAAUAUUUGCAGAUCAUUGUUUGAAAGACACAAGUUAUUGUUUUCAUUUAUGCUCUGUGUUAAAAUUUUGUAAGGAGCAUAAAUGAUGGAUGAAAAACAAUGGAGAUACCUUCUAGCAGGUCCUUAAGGAGAUAUUAAGAUUGCUCAUAAUCCAACAGCUUGGAUUUCUGAUAAUUCUUGGCCUGACAUAUACAGAUAGAUGAAAGGAAUGUCUACUCUUGAUGCAUUCAAAGGAUUUGAUCAGUUUUUCGUGGAUAAUUCAGAUUAGUUUAAAGGAAUUUGGGAUUCUUCUUAACCAUAAAAGGAAUAAUUGCCUGAACCUUGGUAAGGACAAUUGACUUAAUUUGAGAAAUUAAUCUUCUUAAAAGCUCUGAGACCUGAUAAAUUAGUUCCUGCAAUUUAAGAUUACAUAGAUUAGUAAUUAAAUCCUAAAUUUACUAUUCCACCUACUUUUGAUUUGGAAAAAUGUUACAAGGAUUCAUCGCCAAUGUCACCUUUAAUUUUUGUGUUAUCAGCAGGUAGUGAUCCAGUUGCAGACUUUCUUAAAUUUGCAGAAGAGUAAAAUAUGGCCAAAAGAUUUGAUUCCAUAUCUUUGGGAUAAGGUCAAGGACCUAAGGCAGAGAGAAUGGUUAAAGAUGCAAUUUAAAGAGGAGGUUGGGUGCUCUUAUAGAAUUGCCAUUUAGCUAUAUCUUGGAUGAAUGAUUUGGAACGUAUUUGUGAGGAAUUGAAUGAAAAUAUUCAUAAAGACUUUAGAUUAUGGCUAACCUCAAUGCCUUCUAAUUCAUUUCCAAUUCCUGUGUUAUAGAAUUCAGUCAAAAUGACAAUUGAACCACCACAAGGAAUUAGAGCUAAUUUAAUGAGAACCUAUAAGAACUUGGAUGAUAAGGAGUUGAGUGAAUGCACAAAAUAGGACAUUUUUAAAAAGUUACUCUUUGGAUUUUGUCUGUUCCAUGCAAUCAUUUAAGAUAGAAGAAAGUUUGGUGCAAUUGGAUGGAAUAUCCCUUAUGAAUUUACCAAUGAAGAUCUCACAGUCUGCAAAAGACAAUUAAAAAUGCUAUUAGAUGAGUAUGACAAGGUACCAUAUAAAGUAAUUCAAUAUUUGGGAGCUGAAAUCAAUUAUGGUGGUAGAGUUACUGAUGAUAAAGAUGUGAGAUUGAUAAAGACAAUUAUCAAGAAAUACAUCUGUCAUGAAGCUUUAAGAGAUGGAUAUAAGUUUUCAGAAUCAGGAAUCUACGUUUCUUUAGCCUCAACCAAUUAGGAAGGAUAUCUCAAUUAUAUAGAGUAACUUCCUUUAAAUCCGGAUCCUGAAGCAUUCGGAAUGCAUGAAAAUGCUGAAAUUACUAAUUCUUAAAAUACAACAAGAGUCUUAUUAGAAACUGUACUCUCCAUUUAACCAAGAUAAUCAUCAGGCACUGGAAAAUCAAGAGAGGAAACUAUUGAAGAAAUUGCCACCUUUGUUUAGAGUCGUACACCAGAAGUUUUACCAUUUGAUGAUAUCUUCAAGAAAUAUCCUACUUCCUAUGAAGAAUCCAUGAACACUGUGUUGGUGCAAGAGGUUAUUAGAUAUAAUAGGUUAUUGGCAACAAUGAAAGAAUCCUUGAUUAAUGUUAAAAAGGCUCUGAAAGGUCAGAUUGUCAUGUCAGAUGAACUUGAAAGUCUCGCCAACUCACUAUUUGAUAAUUAGGUUCCUUUAAUGUGGGCUGACAAAGGAUUUCUCUCUUUAAAGCCUCUUUCUAGUUGGACCAAUGAUCUCUCAGCAAGAAUUAAUUUCCUGUAAUCUUGGGUUGAUAAUGGAACUCCAAAGGUCUUCUGGAUUAGUGGUUUCUUCUUCCCAUAAGCGUUUCUCACUGGAUCAUUACAGAACUAUGCUAGAAGACAUGUAAUUGCCAUAGAUAAACUGAAUUAUGAAUUUAAGAUACUUGAUACUCUUUCACCAUAAGAUAUAGAAGAGAAACCAGAAGAUGGAUGUUAUGUUUUCGGAAUUUCAUUGGAGGGAAUAAGAUGGGAUUACAAGAAACACUUUAUUACUCAUCCUAGACCAAAGGAAUUAUAUUCGGAAUUGCCAUUAGUUUGGUUAUUGCCUUGCAUAGAGAAGGAGUAUCCAAAAGAUCUAGUUAUUUAUCAAUGUCCACUUUAUAAAGUUGUUUCAAGAGCUGGAACCUUGAGUACCACUGGACAUUCAACCAACUUUGUCACUUUUCUUGAGCUUCCAUCCAAAGAUUCUGAAGAACAAUGGAUAAGAGCAGGUGCUGCAGCAUUCUUAUCAUUAAGAUAUUGA